AUGGCCGUUGUGUCCCUCUCACAUCAAUCGGUCAAAGAAUACAUUACUUCCGACAGGUUAAGACAAAGUACAUUGCGCAGCUAUUCCACCUCAAAGGCACUCGCAAACGCCUUUCUUGGUGGUUGCUGCCUCAAUUAUGUCAUGGCAUAUAGCCCGAACAAUGUGGCUGCGAAGUUGGAAUUCCAGGAAUAUCCGCUGUUGCAGUAUUCAACAAGGAACUGGGAGGUUCAUUGGAAAGCUGGGCGACUUUGCUCCGACCAGAAGAUGAAAACUACAGUUCAGGAUCUGAUGUACCAGUUGUUGGAUCCAGAUCGACGGACCGGGCUGGCAAACCUGCUUAAUGCGUGUAACUUUGAAUGGCAGUACGAUCCAUUUUACCGUGGAUAUUUUAGCUACCACGAUAAGCUUACGAUGAAUCCAAAACAACACCUGCCCCCGUUGUAUGUUGCCUCAUACCUUGGGGAUAUUGAGCUGGUUGAGAAACUUACCGAGCGAGGAUGUGAUGUGUCGGAGCAAGCAGGGUUCUUUGGUAACUGCCUCGCCGUGGCAGCGUACCAUGGCAACAAGGACGCGGUGAAGCAUUUGCUUCAAAGAGGCGCCAAUCCCAACAUCACUUGUCAGAGCAAAUACGGGACGGUGCUUCAGACAGCUUGUGUUGGAGGAAAUCGUGACAUCGUCUCAGAUAUUCUGGACGCCGGUGCCAAUGUCAAUACCCAGGGCGGGUUUUACAAUACUGCCAUAAUUGCAGCAAUGUCGAAUGAGAAUUUCGACAUUGUAAAUCUCCUGAUGCAGCACGGCGCAGAUCUUCACCUCGAGUCGUCUGACGGGUCUACUCUUUACACUGCCGCAAGCAAAGGGGAUGUGAAAUUGGUGGCCAUGCUGCUUGGUGCUGGGCAUGAUAUUAACCACGUUGGCUUGGCCGACGGGACGCCGCUUUAUGGAGCUAGUGAAGCCGGAUCUAUACCAACCAUGCAACUUUUGCUGCGCCAUGGCGCCAAUCCCAACAUUGGAGGGAAAGGAGACUACGGAUAUCCGCUAUGCGCAGCAGCACAAGGUGGGCAUACGCAAGCUUGUCGGAUCCUCCUUCGUGCUGGUGCAAAUCCGAACCUGCACGGAGGAUACAAUGACAUAACAGCGCUAGAAUGUGCUAUCGAGAGUCGAGACAUGGCAACUUUCCGAGUCAUUUUGGAAAGCGGUUGUGACCCGAAUAUCGUGGCGGAUAGGUAUAUCAACGCCUUCCACGGGGCAUUUUGGACUGGUGAGAUCGAGAUGGCUAGGGUCUUACUAAAUCGGGGGGCAGAGUUUGACGAAGUCUCUUUCUUGGAAAGCAUAGAAAGAUAUGAUCAGGACUCUUGGUUCUUCGAAACGAUGCUUAGCCGCGGCGCUGCCGUUGAUGCACACGGCGGUGACUCUGGUUCUGCACUCAACAGAGCUAUUUCAGGCGGCUACGAAACAGCAGCUUGGUCUAUCCUGGAUAGGAUGCCGUACCUUGACGCCCUGGGAAACAACGGAACCGCGUUAUACGCAGCCGUGGAUAAGGGCAUGAAAGACUUAGCCGUUCGGCUCAUUGAUCUUGGCGCCGACGUGAAUAAGCGCACGGAAAGCUCCCCCCUGGACGCCGCCAUUGAUAAUGAGUUUUUUGAUAUAGCCGAUCUGCUACUCGAUAACGGUGCUAGUAUUGAUGAUGGAGGCUCUUUGAUGGUUGCCAUCAGCAACAACAAUGAAGAAGCCAUCAAUUAUCUGAUUAGAAAAGGGGCCGAUGUCAACCACUUCGAUCCAGCGAGAAAGUGUACUGCAGUCCAACAUGCCGCGGAACGGGGGAGCAUAAAUAUACUGUCAUUGCUUAUAGGCAACGGAGCAAAGCUGAAUGGCAAUGACGGGGAGAGCGGAGACCUUGUCCAGUACGCUCUGCUUUCAAGGGAGGCUUCUGUAGUACGAUAUGUGCUGGGACAAGGGGCACAAAUUUCUGCAACAGAGGACUGUGGUAGUGCAAUUUGGAAGGCCGUCCGUUUCGACAUGUUGGACCUUGUGCCACUGCUGUUGCAAAGUGGCGCCAAAGUGGACGCAGUCGAACAAGGAGAAACUGGCCUGGGACGCGCCUGGCUAGACGGACACGAUGAAAUUGUCACACUUUUAGAGAACCACGGGGCAUCUUUUGCAAAUAUAGGCGGUUCGACUUUUGUGGAGGCUAUAACGCAGAAGCCAAUGUCUGUCAAAGACUUGCUUGACGCGGGUGUAGACCCCAACACCCACGAUAGAUAUACCAGCGCUCUUACGUCGGCUGUCUCGGAUGGGAAUUUUGAUGUUUUGACACUGCUGAUGGAAUAUGGCGCUGAUCCCAAUGCAGCUGUUGACAUUGAUUGUGGCCCGUUGAUGGAAGCAUGUGGUAAGGACAUGAAGCUUGUAGAGUACCUGCUUGAAAACGGCGCCGAUCCGAAUCGAAUUAAAGAGGGAUACCAAUAUCCUCUCGUCAAGGCAGUUUUAUGCGGGGACACAGAUCUUGUUGAACUUCUUCUUGAACAUGGGGCUGAUGUACGGUAUAAGAAUGGAUACAUAUUUGGUAAGGGUUUUCGAAACAGCAAAAAGGUCCUUCCCAGUCUUCUGUCUGUCCCAAUGACCCCGGAAGAAAGGCAGCUUUUUUUGGCGCAAGCCUUGCAAGCUGCGGCGUAUUAUUUUUCCCUAGACACGUUUGACUGGUUAGUCAGUAUCGGUGCUGAUGUGCACUUCACCGGCGGAGAUUACGGAAGUGUCCUACAUGCGUCUGUGAGCAACUCUCAAGUCUACCAAUCAGAGGACAUCAACAACAAGAGGUUACUAUUAGAGAAGCUUGUGGAAGUUGGAGUUGAUGUCAACAAGGUUGACCCCAAAAGGACCUUUGGCCCAGCUCUCUUGGUGGCAAUGGAGAAUGGAAGUCGCCUGACCACCACCAUACUCCUUGAUGCUGGCGCGGACCCGAACUUGGGAGGCGGAAAACUUCACAGUCCAUUACAAGUGGCGUACCGCCGUCAGUGGGAUGAUAUUGCUGAGCGUUUGAUAAAAUCAGGUGCAAAUAUCAAUGCUAUUGGAGGGACUUAUGGAAGUCCACUUCACGCUGCUGCAUACACUCACAAUACCACAGCUAUUACGUUUCUACUGGAGAACGGCUGCACAACAUUGCAUGACAUUCUGGGCAAGUACGGUUCUGUCAUGCAGACGGCGGCUAAAGAGAAUGCCAUCAAAAACGGUGGCUUUCAUCGAGGCGGCCCCAGUGUACUAGCCAUGAAAAAGCUGUUGUCGUAUGGUGCUGACCCUCAUGCACUCGGGGGCAAGUAUGGCUGCGCAUUGCAGAUGGCUGCAAAGUCGAAUAACCUUCUGGGUGUAAGAUGGCUCAUUUCGAACGGGGCUGAUCCAGCUUUGGUGAUUGAGAAUUCGAAGUACAAAAGCGCCUUGAAUGCGGCCCGUCACAAGAAACACUGGGCCAUUGUUUCCUAUCUGGAGCAAUGUCUAGGGUCCAGGAAGAACACAUUGACCGUUGGAUCAGCUGGCUCAGCCCAUGGACAUGGAGAAUAA